CGUUGUCUCUUAUUACUUUCAACACUUUGGCAGAUCAAAUAGGCUUAUUCUAAUUCCUGCGACCUCUACCUUAUUCCUGGUCACUGGUGGUCAAAUAUUUGCUCCUGUGCAGUGGCUAAAGGUGUGGUCGAGUGGGGAGCAUGUUAAGUAAUAACUCGAUCGUGUGUCUUUGCCACUGAUCUCAACAGUUUAUGGAGUUUAGUCAGUCUGUGAAGAUGUUCCGAAGUGUCUUGAUCUGUGCUGUGAUUGUAGCAGUCGGUGCAGCGCCCCUGGGUGGCGGCGGUGGUAUUGGAGGAGGAGCAGACCUCAUGGAAGGAUUACAAUCGAAAGUUGGUCAGUUGACCAGUGUGGCUCAAAAUGCUAUCCAGACAAAGAUUCAGACGAUAACCAGCUUGAAAAGUUCCUUGGGCAAUCAACAACACGCUUCUGACUACUCUAGACAAGAAUCCGAAGGACUUCCAUCUAAGGGAUUAUCUCUGUACGAUGGUCUUCAUCAGAAAUUUGGCUCCUUGACGAAUGCGCAACCGAUUGUGGACAAUCUUCGCGAAGAAGACAAAUAUGGGAAUUCAGGAGAUAAAUUCUAUCCAGUGGGCAGAAAAGUUGUAGAUGGAUUUGAGAGCUUCUCUAAUAUUAUCAAUAAGUUCUUUGAGGUGCCACGAGAAAUCACGAGGCAGAUUUCUCGCGGUAUUACUGACAAACUCAAUUCUGUGGGUGCAAAAAUUGUUGGUCUUAUGUAAUAAAAUGUACUUGAUUUUUUGUUUGUUUGUUUGUUUGUAAUCUCCUUUCGAAUUUAUUAUUCACUAAAAAGACUAAAAAUUAUAUAAAAUGUCUAUUAAAUGACGAUAAACAUUUGGUUGAGCUGAGAAUUUCAAUUGGCAUUAAAUGAGUU